AUGCCGACGCAUCAGACGAGCGACUGGAUCGAGGCGACCGUCCAUCGGCUCGCACAUCGAGAGUUAUACGGCAAUCAGCACGAGGCGUUCGGCAACUUCCAAGUCUGGACCGACGACAUCAUCGAGCAUCUCGGCGUGGCUGCGCGGCUUGAGGGGCACGCCGGCUGUGUGAACACGCUGCGCUGGAGCCACUCCGGAAACCUGCUCGCUUCCGGUUCGGACGAUCGCAAGGCGAAAAUCUGGGGCUGCGACGGGCAGCUGCUGCACACGAUUUCCACCGGCCACGACCACAACAUUUUCGGCGCUGAGUUCAUCCCCAACCACAACGAUCAGCUGAUUGCCACGUCGUCGGGUGACCACACAGCGCGCCUCCACAAUUUGGAGUAUAAGGACGAGUUAUGCGUAUGGCGCGCUGAGGGGCGGGUGAAGCGGCUGGCCACUGCUAAUGAUGAGGCGCAUUUGUUCUGGUCGGCCAGCGAGGAUGGAGCUAUUAGACAAUACGACGUCCGCACAAACGAUGAGACGAAAAUCGUCGCUGAGCACGACUCGUACAAGUCGCUGGCCAUUUGCCCAGGCCGCACCGAACUGCUUGCGCUCGCUUGUAUUGAAGAGUUCGUGCCCAUCUACGAUCGGCGGAACACGGCCAAGCAGUUGAUGUCCGUGCAGCCAGGCGAUUACAACCACGGGGACAUGCAACGGCGCUACCCGACGCACGUCGGGUUCGACGAGCUCGGCAAGGAGCUGCUGGUUAAUAUGGGAGGCGGCUCGGUGUACGUGUUCGACAUUGCUUCCCCUGAAGAAUCUCGGCCUAUGGUCUGGGACCAAUUGGACAAUAUUCUGGCCGAAGAUUGCGGUCCGCAGCCCCAGAUAAAACCCACAGGCGCGGUCGCCGAGAAACGCGCGCUGGCCAAGCGAUUCUUGGAGGAGAAGGCGUAUUUGCCGGCCUACGACGCGUACAGCGCGGCGUUCAUGGAAUGCCCAGAAGAACUCGUUGAUGACCGCUCGAUCAUGCUCGCCAAUCGGGCGAUGGUCAUGCUGGCGCGGCAGGAAGAUGGGGAUUAUUACGAGUGUGUCAGGGACUGCGUGCGAGCCCUCGGUCUGGCCAAGGGCAACGCGAAGGCGCUGUAUCGAUUGACGCGGGCGCUGAUUUUGCUGCGCCGUCUCGAACUCGCCAAGGCAUGCGUCGAAUUGUUUAAAAAACGCUUCCCCGACGACAAAUCGUACGUGCAGCUCGAGAAGAAGAUCGACGACGUGAAAAACAAUCGCGAACGGAUAUGGUCGACUAGCAGGGACUACAAGGAGCGCUAUACGGCCCACCGCAACAACCACACCGACAUCAAGGAGGCCGCGUUUAUCGGGGGCAAAGAGGGCUGGAUCGCUGCCGGCAGCGAUUGCGGCAAUAUGUACAUUUGGGAGCGGAAAACGGGUCGUCUUCGAGCAGCUUUCAAAGCCGACGAGGACAUCUUGAACAUUGUACAGCCACACCCAAUUUUGCCCCUCAUCGCCACGUCGGGCAUCGAAAAGGACAUCCGCUUCUGGGGACCACUUCCCGAGGGCAAGGAGUCGGCCGAGAGACACGCCGACCCGUACGACGCGGUGAUUCCGGCGGCCCGAUCGGCGCACUACGACAUGCUCGAGAGGAACCCCGUCCUGCUGCACUCUCUACAAGAAGGCAUCCAGAGCGGCCGAGUCCAAUGCGCCAAUCAA